AUGAGCGAAAAAAGUAGGUUUAGGUAAAUAUAUGUUUAUUUUACCUUUUUAUUACAUUUUUACAAGCUUUUAACUUAUUUUAAGCUGUAAAACUUUUAUUUUAUAUUGUUUUAAUAAGCCAUUAAAGAAUAUUAUACUAUGCUCGACAUAACAGCUCAUAUCUCGCUUUUCAGCCAUCUUUGACAUAUUUUUUGUCUUGAAAGGCGAACAUGGUGAAUAUGUUAUGGUUAAGAAUACGGAUGCAAAGUUUUUGGGAUGUUUAUUGAAUGUACAACAACGAGCGGACGUUGAUUUACAUAGCAAGAUCAAGAUGUAAGUGUUUUGUUGAUUUCCUUUUACUUUUAGGCAAUUCUUGGACAAGAUUUGUAAGAAAAAGAUGUAGUUGGAUGAGAGUGUGAUAGUAUAUGGUUUGAAUGUGUAACAACGUUUGUUUUGGGUGAAAUUUUGGUAUUUGUAUAGGUAAUCAGUUUUGAUAAUUUCUGUGGUGUUUAGGUAAGCUUUUUUGGAUAGUUUGGGUAUGAAAAGAUGCUUGGUAAUGUGGAGAAUGUGAAUAUUGAUGUUUGGUUUAGGUUAUGUAGUGUUUUAAAUUACAUUUAGGCUUAUCUCGUGAUGUAGGUAACGGUUUUAAUGGAUUCCUAGUUUUCUUCUUAAUUCUAGGUAGUAUACUGAACAAAUUUAGUAUAAAAACAAAGCUAAAUGUUGCUAAGAAUGUGAAUAUUUAUGUUGUUUAGUAUUUGACUCACAUUCUUGAUUUAAUUUUACUCUUUUAAUAUUAAAACUGCUAAUCUCGGCUUAUUGUUUCAAAAUUUUUUUAAAAUUUAAAUUAUAGCUUGGAGAUUGAUGGCGUAAAGAUAUACCAAGUUGUCUACAAGUCGACCGACCCUCUAGCCUGUCUCGCAGAGAUUGAAAAGCUUCGGAACAUCAUUGACGACCCAACAAAGGCAAUGAUCAGAAAUUAUCUUCAAAAGUAUCAUGGUGAAGUUAAUCAAAUGCUGGAUGCCACGAUGACGGUUUUGGCUGAUGUGCAGAUAGCAAGUGCUAUGAUGAAAAAUAUGGGCGAGAAUGGCAACAAUAAGAAUAAUGUUCAACCUAAAAAGACAAAGAAAACGUUUGAGGAGCACAUGAGGGGAAAGUUCAAGCUAUGA